CAGAGAGCGAACAGUGAUUUGGGAUGCGAACGUGCAUGUUAUUUGAAUAUAAAAAUUGCGGUUUUCGUCCAGAAACACGUUAGCUGCCAGUAAAGCAUCAUUGUAACGCCGGAUUCUAGAGUGGUUCCUUCCGACAGGUGUUCUGUUAGUUGGCUUUGCAAGCAAAACGGAUACGAAUAUUAUUUUGCGUUGAGCAACAAAAACUAGCACGUUGCUCGUAAGUGCACAAUUGUUGGCAAAAAAGUGUUGUAAUUGAUAACAAAUCGAACGCUUUAGAAGUACGUGAUUAAUAUAGACUGAGACUUUCCGGGAAGCAUUCAGUUUUUCCUCGCGAUUGGCAAGCAAAUUAUUCUCACGCUAUUGUUUGUAUAGCGUGCUGUUUUGCACAAUACAUUAUCAUGGAGAAACGCAUCGCACUGGAAAAACGCGGACGCACGGAUGAUCAGAUCACAGAGCUAAUUCUAGACAACUGUAGAAGUACAUACAUCGACGGGUUAACAGAUGAGUUCACUGCGCUCGAGACACUCAGCCUUAUCAAUGUCGGCUUAGUAUCGUUGAAAAAUUUCCCCAAACUAUGCAACCUUCGGAAGCUGGAACUCUCAGACAACAGAAUUUCGAACGGCUUAAUUCAUCUUACAAAAAGUCCUAAACUGACACACCUAAAUCUGUCCGGAAAUCGCAUAGUAGAUUUCGAGGAACUGCAGCCAUUAAAAGACCUGGAAAACUUGGAAUGUUUGGAUUUAUUUAACAAUCAAGUAACUUUGACAGAAAACUAUCGCGACAAAAUGUUCAUGCUUAUUCCAUCGCUAUCUCAUCUGGACGGAUUUGACAAGGACUUUUCGGAAGCAUUAUCCGAAGAAGAAGAAGAAGUCGCUGAUGAUGGUAAUCAACAUCCUUCACAAUUCUCCAUCAACGGUAUCGAAAUCGAUCUCGACGAACUGGAGGAACUUGAGUCUCGUAUCCGACAAAAGCGAAGUAAAAAUGACGAACGAGCACCCGGGAAUGCUCUUGAAGAACUUGAGUGCAAUCUCGAGCAGCUUAAACUUGGCACUAGCACGAACAGCUCUGCAGCACCACCAGUAGAUGCUGAAAACGUUAAAGAUGAUUUAGACGAGUUGUACGAGGACAUUCAGCGCAAACAAGCGGUUUUAAACUUGCGGACAGAAGAGGUUCACCGCCAAAGACUGUUAUCCUUUGUACCGUUGCUAUUGAUGUUUGCUUCAUUGUUAGCAAUGAUCAAUCAAAUAUGUUUUCGCGAUACGCAACCGUUAUCCGCAGAAAAGGAAGAUGAUCACCAACAGUUGAACAUUGAAGAAGCAGAAGAAGAAGAUUCGUGCGAUGGAGAUUCUGAAGUUUCACUAGCGUUCUUGUAUAAUGAUCGUUGUGCUGACGAUGAAGUUGAUGAGGAGUGGAAAUGUGCCCUUGAACGGGAUUUAUACAAUCCUCCGUCAUCCUCAUCUGAAUCGGAAUGUGAAGCUUGUGAAGAAGACGACGAAGAUGAUCAAUCAGUGAGCGACGGUGGAGAAACGCAGGACAAAAAGGAGCAGGACGAAGCGAAAGAGGAGGUGAAAGAGAAAGAUUCCGAAGGUACAACCGAUAAAGCCGAAGCUUCAUCGAAAACAGCGGCGGCAACUGAUGCUACCGAUAAGGACGCCACUGCAGCCAUUAAAGAGCACGAAUCCGAAGAAGCACGGGGAAAAAAGCGAAAGCUUGACGACGCCGAUACCGAUGGUUAAUUGAAUGUCGCUCUUCUGCGUAAACAGGCAGUGUGCCUUAACGGCGAAUUCUACAUCUUAAGUUCACUUCAGCACGCCAGCCUGGAUCUCCAGUUUCAAAAUACACAUCAUAUUUUUCGUACGAAGAACUUUGCAAAUCUUCGAACGUCUACAGAUAGUAUACAAUUUAUGUUUCCAUCAAAUUACCGCAUAUUAGUCUUAACAAGGCGCAAGUUGUAGAGAAAACAGCAACACAAAACCUUCAAGCAAAGAAUAGUUAAGACCACGUUGACAUCAAACCGCAGUUUUGAAAUAAACACUAAAUACCAUUCUUUUUGAGGGGAAAACUUGGUGGCAUGUUCAAAAUACAUAGGAAGGUACCAUUCUGUAGUAUGAACAUGAAAAACAAAUAAAACAUUGGUUUGGUCCACUUAAUUGACAGGCAAAGAGAUAUUUUAACCGCUUCGUUUUGAACCAUAAUUGGCGUUUGCACAUAUUGGAAACUCUUGUGUUCCAUGCUUUUGUUGAACUGAUUCGAUUACGAAUGAGCCGUUUCGGCCACCGUAUAUUUCCUUAAAUGUAUUUUGGGUUUCACUAAAUUAGUUGAUAUACAAUGCGGUUUGUCUUGCGUAUCAUCAAUACCAAACAAUAUACUUUAGUGACCAUACGCUAUUUUUUGUUCGAUGUUAAUUUCUUGUCCUUGUUGGCCAAUGAGAAUGCUUUGCUGAACAAAAUGUAGGACCUGAUAGAAAUGUUGUGUGAUUUUGCUGCCGCAUAUGGGUUUUCAUUUUAUAUUAAUCAAAAACACUUCGGUAGUAACUUUGCAAAUCCUGGAGGAAUUUUUCUUAUUUUCCGAAGCAGUUAUAUAUGUUUUUCUUUUCGUUACUCCAUGAGUACAGCGUUAAUGUGCACACGAAAUAGAACACUAUCGUAUAUUAAGUUUGCUGACAAUUCCCGAGGUAUGUACAGUGAAGUAUCAAUAACACCUCUUACGCGUCGUCGGGUUCUUUUAUAACUCAUAACUUUUUUUUGUAAUAAACGUACAAAUGUUGAGUUGCGAGAAGUAGAUUUGGAUACUAUAAGGUUUCUUUUUAUACGAAUGGGCACAGCCAAUUUUUCAUCAAAUUCAUGUUCCAUUCCAUUCAUGUUAUUGCAGGGUCGGGAUUCGAACUUACGGCCAUUUGAAUAAUGGUUAUUCGAGCCACAACUUUGCUUACGACAAAAAAACUCACGAUCAUUACAAGAUAAUUGCAGCGUAAAAGAGUAACAAACAAUUUUAUUUUAUCCGGCAUGAAGGUUUAAAAGUUUUACACGUGAAAAUCAAAAAAGGAAGAUAUCGUUCAUAAUCUACAUUUCUACAAAAUAAGCAAAGGACAAAGUGUGGCGACAAAAACCAAGAUACUGAUACCAGUUACAGUUACAGACCAAACAUGAACGGAAGAAUCGGUAGUAAUAACAUGGGAUGGGACUGGAACACAGUAUCUAUCGACGAUCAUUGAAAUGAUCUAUAAAAGCCCAAACUAAUUGUAUCAAUUUUUUGUAUAAUACGAAAAUAAAUAAUUCAAGCAUAUUUUGGACACAGUUUAUUGAAUUAUGCUGUUGACAUUGAGAAUUAUUCUCUUCAUUAUAUACCCAACAGUGUUUUAGCUGAAUGUAUCGGUAGGGUAUGUGGUACACAAAACAAUGCCUUUGGAUUACAUUUUCUAUUUCGAAAGAACGAACCUUACAGGCAUUUUUUUCACUUCGUGUGUUCCAUGGUUGAAAGAUUGGUGAAUGCACCCGCACUGCACCUGCACCAUGGACAAUGUUAGUCUCUGAUGCUUUCUGUAACGGUGGUGUUUUUUUUUACAGGAGGCCCCGCGCCAAACCCCAUGCGACGCCGGUAUCGGGAAUCAACGCGGGCCAAAACAACUAGUUGAAUAAAACUUUCUGAGGGAAUCGUUUUUUUCAAUUUUUUAUUAGUUUCCAUAGUUUUAGUAUUGAAUUAUGGUAUUUGGCCUUCUACACAGUUAUAAAUAUAAAAACAAAAGCACUAAGACAUUUUCAAG